GGACUGCUGGGCCCUUAUUGUCCAGGGGGAGCCAGCCGGAGACAGAGACUCCCGAAGUUGGGAAGUUGGUUCGCAGAAGCCUCUGCUAAGCCUGUGUCACAGCGGAAGCGCCAGCCGCAAACAUGUGCAAAGGACUGGCCGCCCUGCCCCACUCCUGCCUGGAAAGGGCCAAGGAGAUUAAGAUCAAGUUGGGGACGCUCCUGCAGAAGCCAGACCCGGCUGUCGACCUGGUCAUCCCCUACAACGAGAAGCCGGAGAAGCCCGAGAAGCCAGCGAAGCCGGAGAAGCCAGCCAAGACCCAGAAGCCGUCGCCCGAAGAGGCCCUGCAGUGGCGCGGCUCCCUGGACAAGCUCCUGCAGAGCAGCUAUGGACUUGCCAGCUUCAAAAGCUUCCUGAAGUCCGAGUUCAGCGAGGAGAACCUGGAGUUCUGGAUGGCCUGUGAGGACUUCAAGAAGACCACGUCCGCGGCCAAGAUGGCUGAGAAGGCCAAGAAGAUUUACGAAGAGUUCAUCCGGGCCGAGGCCCCGAAGGAGGUGAACAUCGACCACCUCACCAAGGACAUCACCCUGAGGAACCUGCUGGAGCCCUCGCCCAGCAGCUUCGACGUGGCCCAGAAGCGGGUGCACGCCCUCAUGGAGAAUGACUCGCUGCCCCGCUUCGUGCGCUCCGAGUUCUACCAGGAGCUCAUGAAGUAGCCGGGCAGCGGCCUGAGAGUCGUCCGUGAGUUGCUCUUCCCUGACCCCCCGCGUUCCCAGCAGACGACUCUCCUCCCUCCAGGCUCCUCCCCGACACCCACGGGGGACCCCAGGCGCUGACUCACGCGGCUCACCUUGCUCUGCCAUCAUUGUCUGAAAGGCUUCUUUCCCGUCUCCUCGUCCUGCCCGCCCUGCACUGAGCUCCCCUCAGAUCAUAAGCCUGAGAGCGUCUGCUGCCACCCGGCACCGGCUCUGCCCCAGGCCAGGGAUGCAGACAGGCGUGGGCAGCGCUGAGCGCGGUGCCUGCGCUGAAGGUCAGGGGCCGCCCGCCGCGGCCUGGCAAGCACCGGUGUGGGCAGCUGGCUGCAGGGAGAGUCACAGUCUGGUUUGUUGUUUGAAUCCUGGUCCAGGGCUUCAGCCUCCAAAUUAUUUCUGACCUUGGUUAGUAAAAGGCCACUAUCCAAUUGCUUAGUGAGUUACUUAAAAGGUUGAUCUCGCCCUUAGAGCAUCUUCGGGUAGCUGGAGAUUAUACCCAAGAGAGAUGAUCAGGAGCAGGUUGUGUUUGUACAUCAUCUGGGUGCGCACAACCAUACCGAUUCUUUCUCUGCCGCUCAGACGCCCCACAAAGUCACCACAUUCUGUCUGAGAGCGAUGGCAGAGGUCGGCAGUGGGCUCUGCCAUAGCCGCAGCUCUGUCCCAGCGUGUGGGCCCAAACAUCCCACUCCGCAUUGCUUCCAGUCGUGCACGUGUCCAAAUCUGAUGUGUUAACCCCCCCAUCCCAUCCCCCCCUCCCCAUGCCUGUGCGCUUGCUGAGGACACGCGUCACUUUGUAUCUCGCUGUGUGAGCCUCGCGUGGCUGUCUUUGCUGUAGUGGGGGUGAUAGGUGAAGUCACUACUUACCUGGCGGCGUGGCCAGGAGAAUCCCAGCAAACCCGUCAGAGGGUGGCCCAGCGAGGCUGGUGAGUGCGUUAAACAAGAAGGCUCUGGAAAGGCUAAUAGAGUCCUGGAAUGCCCCGAGGAGGCCCCUUGCUUAGUGCUGGGCCCCUCCUCCCCUCCCUGUGUCGUUCCCAUGCUCCUGGUCCCCACGUUGGCAGCCCGUGUAGCAGGAGUCCCUCAGAACAGAGAGGGAAGCAGAUUUAUCUCCGAGUCCGCCUGCGGGAGGUGCUGUGAGUUCCUCCGUCCCUGUCGCUCCGAAGGCUGCCUCACGGCCAGAGCCUUCUGUCCGCUUCCCGGCUGCAGGCUGCACGGGCGGGACUCGGGCCCCUGCCAGCACUUCCUGUGGGGUGAGCGGUCACAUUUGUCAAGAAAGCCCCUUCAAGGACACGCCGUCACCAGCCUGGACCGCUGGGGCAGGCCACGCCUUGGUCAUGAAGGCCACCGCUCAGCAGGGCGGCCGCUCGGGGACAUGGCCCCUCCUCCCCCGCGUCCACCCGGCCGUUAGACCGCCAGCCCUUCACCUUCUAACCAGCCGAAGCAGCAACCAGGGGCCAGGCCCUCGUUUUCCCAGGCACACAGUGACAUGCGUACAUACAUUACACACAACUUAAAAUUUCAAGCCGUAGACACAUACACAAAGCUCUUCCCUGAAUGAAUAUAAUGAGGAACACAGAUAUCACACCCCCAAUAAAAAUUGCAAACACAUCAAAGUUGCCCUAGAAAAUGUCUUUGAAAUCUUUUGGAAGUAUUUUUAAAUUUAGAAAAGAGA